AUGCUAAAUAAUAUGAAAGAUAAAAUAAAGUAAUUCGAAAUUCCUUAUUAAAUAUCUUAUGAGGAUGCUCUAAAUUACUAAAUUUGUAAAGAGACUGAUAAAGAGUAUUUAGAAUGUGCUAAUAAUUUUUAUAGAAAUAUUUUUGAAAAAAUAAAUGAGAAUAUGACAUCAUAUCAUUUUUUUGAUAGCUUAAAGUUUGGUGCUAGUGAAAUCAAUCAUAAUACAGGUUUGCUUAUAAGAAAAGAUUGUACAUCAUAUCUAGGUAAAAUAAUAAAAAAAUUAGGAGUUAAUGUAGGAGCUAAAAAAUGUAGGUUGGAAAACUUUAAAUAUGAACAAUAAAAAUUAAGAAAACUACGAGAGUCUAAUAAUUAAGAUGACACAGUAGAAGAGCGAUAUAAAAACUUAGAAUUAAGAGUAAUUAAGCGCAUAAACUCAAAUAAAUUUAGUUCUACUAAAAAUUGCUAUGACUUUAUUUUACUUCACUUUUUGUCACAUGAAAAAUUAAAAUUAAUAGAAAAAAUGAAUAAUUCUGACAUUAAAAAUAAAGCAUAAUAACAAGAAAAAAAAUCUAAUCAAAUUAUGCUUACGAGGUAUUUUAAGUAUGAAAAAUAAAAGGUAAGCUAGAUACCAGAUUAAAAGUAGAUAUUAUGUGACAUUAAAGCUAAUAAUAUUGAGGUAAUUAAAAUUAAAGAGAACUUACAAUAAGAAUUAUCUCAAUAGUAAACUUAAUCAUAGAAAUUUUUCAUAGCAAAUGAGUUAAAAAACUAUGAAUUUCAAUAAAAUAAGCCUAAAAAAUAGAAUUUAAACACCUAUAAAAUAUAAGAUGAAAUAAUACCUUAAAUAAGGAAUUAGUUAAUAUAAAAUCAGGAGCAAGAAGAAGAAAAAGCAUAAUAUUAAGAAGAAAAAUAUGAUCAAAAAGAAUAGUAAGAAGAAGAAGAUUAUUAAUAAACAUAAUACUUGGAGGAAUAUUAAUAAACAUAAUACUAAGAAGAAUAAAAUGAAUAAAAAUAAGUAGAGGAAGAAUAUUAAGAAACUUAAUACUUGGAGGAUUAACAAACAUAAUAAGAAGAAGAGUAAUGUUAAGAAAAGUAAUGCUCAAAAGAAUAAAAAGAACAAAGAUGCUAAGAAGAAAAUAUCGUAUGCGAUGAAAUAAAUAGUAAUACUAUGCUUGAGGAGGAAAUUAAAAGUUUAAUUUAUGAUCUUUAACAAAGCUAAUAAUAAUCACAGUAAUUACUUGAAUUAGAUAAAAAUGUAUUUAGAAAAGAUGAAACACUCUUAGAAAUUAUUCAACGAAAAAAUAGUUAAUAAGAUUUGAAUAAUAAUUAGUAAUAGUUCAGUAUUAAAAAUUAGCAUCAUUCACUUUUAGAUAAUUCAAAAAAAUUUUAAUGCGAGAGCAAUAACUAGCCAGUUAAUAUGUCAAAUCAAAUCAAAUAAGAAUAUAAAGAUUAAAAACCAAAAGAUGAUUAAUUCACAAGUCAUAAAGAAAAGCUUGAAAAUUAAAUCAAAGAUUUAAAAUAUUAACUUUUAAAGACAAAAUUAUAAAUAGCACAGCAAUAAAUGAAAAUGUUUUUUACAUAAUACCCUGACUAUAUCCCUUAAGAUAGUCAAAGCCAAUAGGAUCUUUGUUAUUAUUAAUGA